AUGCCUUCCCUAUUUACUCUAGUCCGGGCCCUAAUCGGCAUCACUGCACUGUCGUCUAGACCUUCUGCAGCUUCUCUCCAGACAGUCACGAACUGGGGCGAAAAUCCAUCUGACAUCUCCACGAUGCAGAUAUAUGUCCCUGACAAGCUUGCCGCCAACCCUCCCAUCAUCCUUGGCUUACACCCUUGCGGAGGCACCGGCCAAAUGUAUUAUGGCAUGACGAAGCUGCCAAAAUACGCCGACUCCAUAGGUUUUAUUCUGAUCUACCCAACAACCACCAAAGAGACAAAUUGCCGGGACUGUCACUCCAACAAGACCCUAACACACGAAGGUGGCGGAGACUCUCAGGGCCUCGUCAACAUGGUUAAAUACGCCCUGAACAAGUAUAACGGUGACCCAACCAAAGUGUUCGCCGUCGGCGGAUCAUCAGGGGCAAUGAUGACCAAUGUACUCGCUGCAACCUAUCCCGAUGUCUUCAACGCGGGUGCAUCAUGGUCUGGCGGCCCCGGCCGCCUGUUGCAAUGGGGCGAUAUUGCGCGAGGCUGCUACCCCGGGUAUAGCGGUAAUCGUACCCGUAUGAUUAUUGCACAUGGGACUGCGGAUCCUGCGGUCCUGUAUUCGCUCCUUGGGAUGCAAUUGGCGCAGUGGAGUAAUGUGCUUGGAGUCAGCUUCUCGAAGAAUAUGACAAACACUCCGGCGCAGGGCUGGACAGAGAUGAUUUACGGAGAUGGGAGUAAGUUGGUGGGCCUUAGUCUUCAGGGUGGAGGUCAUAUUCCUCGGUUUCAGGAAGAGAAAGUGCUUAAGUUCUUCGGGCUUAUGUAG